AUGGCCUACACGACAGAAGCCGAACGCUGGGCCGCCGUGAAAUCUCGAGACCCCAACGCCGAAGGCCACUUCGUAUACACGGUGAAAACAACCAAGAUCUUCUGCCGCCCAACAUGCAACGCCAGGCUGGCCCGUCGCUCCAACAUCGGCUUCGCCAAUACUGGCCCAGAGGCUCAGGGACUAGGCUUUCGAGCCUGCAAGAGAUGCCGACCUGAGCUCGCGAAGUUCGUCCCAGAAUCAGAGCAGUCGAUUGAGAAAGUGCGGCAGAUGCUCGAGAAUCUACCGAACGAUGCGCCUUUGCCCAGACUGGAAACUUUGGCGUCUGCAGCCGGUUUGACCAAGUAUCACUUCCAUCGCUGCUUCAAGAAGGCGACUGGCCUCACACCGCGUGAUUAUGCACUGCAGCGGCGGCAGAGUCGAAUGUCGGAAACAUCGCCUCAGGCGGCCAUUCCUGGCGAUUCAACAAUCAGCACUCCAUCACUCGCAUACGAUGCGACACCCCAGCAUGCAUCUAGCGCAACUCCUGAUACUGUGAAGACACCCGACUUUACCUUCGACGACUGGCUUGCAGCUGGACCCGAAGAUCCAGCGCUCUUCGACAAUUACCCCUUCGAUUUCGGAACCAUUGAUAUGAACAGCAACGCUGCAGUGCCUCAAGCUUUAGACCUACCGAAAAACGUGAACGAUGCCCCAAUAAGUUUCCCGAUCCAUUACAGCGUUGUCGACACGAUGGACGGGGUUCUCUUGAUGGCUUUUGAAGAGGCACAAGUGUGCAAGCUGGAGCUUGUUGCCACUACAGUGGACGCUAUGAUGGCUUUGGAGCGAUCAUUCCCGAAGCUGUACUACGUUCUGGUGCCAGUGGAAGAAAUGUUGGACGAGCAAGGACCGGUAGUCCAACAGAAGGUUCGCGCGGUUGUCGAAGCUCUUGAGCACCCGUUCGGUAAGGCUACAACCAUGCAAGGGACUGGCAAUUGGCAGAAUGGUAUGGGUUAG